AUGGGCCAAGGAUCAAGUGGUGUUCAGUCAAAUCCUCUUGAGGAUUGUCUCAAAGUCGCCACAAGCCCCCUUGGAAGCUAUGCUUUCCAUGACAAACUGCUUUUCCAGUUGACGGAUGUCAAGCCAUACAACCUUGACUAUCCAGUCAACCCGAUUGCAGUCACAUACCCAGGAAGCACAAAGGAAGUCGCUCAGAUCAUCAAAUGCGCUACGACAUACGAUAAGAAAGUCCAGGCGCGCUCCGGCGGGCACUCGUAUGCCAAUUUUGCCCUUGGAGAUGGGGACGGUGCCAUUGUUAUCGAUAUGCAGAAGUUCAAGCAGUUCUCCAUGGAUACUUCUACUUGGCAAGCUACCAUCGGUCCUGGAACCCUGCUUGGCGAUGUCUCCAAGCGUCUACAUGAAAAUGGCAACCGUGUCAUCCCCCAUGGCACAUCCCCUCAAAUCGGGUUCGGUGGCCACGGGACGAUAGGUGGCCUAGGACCUCUUUCGCGCAUGUAUGGCUUGACCCUGGAUAGUAUUGAAGAAGUGGAAGCAGUCCUAGCCAAUGGUCAAAUCGUACGAGCUUCAAAGACACAAAAUGAAGACCUCUUCUUUGCCAUACGGGGAGCUGCAGCCAGCGUCGCAGUCGUCACCGAGUUCAAAGUACGCACCUAUCCUGAACCCAGCAGCUCAGUGUUGUACUCGUACACCUUACAGGGCGGCUCUGUUGCGUCUCGGGCCAAUGCGUUUAAGCAGUGGCAGAAACUUACAACUGAUCCCAGUGUUUCCAGGAAGUUUGCGAGCACGUUCGUAUUGAGCGAAGCUAUUACAGUCGUCACCGGUACAUUCUUCGGCACCCAGGCAGAGUUCGACAGCCUAGACAUUACCUCUCGUCUCCCAGCUGAUAUGAUAUCCAACAAUACCGAAGUGAAGAAUUGGCUCGGGGUUGUAGGUCAUUGGGGCGAAAGCUUGGCUUUGCGAGCUGGUGGAGGCAUCCCGGCUCAUUUCUACUCUAAAUCUCUGGGCUUUAAAAAAGACGAGAUAAUGGACGAUGCGACGGUCGACAAACUCUUCAAUUACAUCGACAAGGCGGAUAAAGGUGGUGCGGUGUGGUUCGUCAUCUGGGAUCUCGAGGGCGGUGCCAUCAGUGAUGUGCCUACGACUGAAACAUCUUACGGCCACCGUGACGCGAUUUUCUUUCAACAGUCAUAUGCUAUAAACCUACUGGGCAGGGUCAAGGACGAUACUCACGAGUUCCUCAAUCGCGUAAACAGCGUUAUCAUGGAAUCAAAUCCAGGUGGAUAUUGGGGUGCGUAUCCAGGCUACGUAGAUACUGCACUGGGUAACAGCAGCGCAAAGGCUUAUUGGGGAAUAAAUUCGGAAAGACUGCAAACUAUCAAGAGCUGGGUCGACGCGGGAGAUGUGUUCCACAACCCACAGAGUGUGCGGCCGAAAUAA